AUGAUCUUCCGUCCCGGCACCGCCGUGUGGGUGGAACACCCGGAACUCGCCUGGGCCGAGGCCGAGGUCGUCUCCUCGCCCGCCUCCCCGUCCUCGCCGUCCUCAGUCGCUGUCGUCCUAUCCACCGGUGUCAAGGCUGUAGUAGACGGUAGGAAGGUCCUGCCACGGGACACGGAGGCCGAUCUUGGGGGCGUCGACGAUAUGACCAAGCUCGUCUACCUCCACGAGCCUGGGGUGCUCUGCAACCUCGCACUCCGAUACACGCUCAACGAGAUCUACACAUACACAGGGCGCAUCUUGAUUGCUGUAAAUCCUUUUGCAAAGCUCCCCCAUAUGUAUGAUAUGCCUAUGAUGGAGCAGUACAGAGUUGUGCAGUUCGGUGAAUUGAGUCCACAUGUUUUUGCCAUUGCUGAUGCAUCGUACAGAGCUAUGGUUAGCGAGAACCACAGCCAGUCCAUAUUAGUCAGUGGAGAAAGCGGUGCUGGAAAAACAGAGACCACCAAACUCAUUAUGCGAUAUCUUACUUUUGUUGGGGGCCGUGCAAUUGGUGAUAUCCGCUCUGUGGAGCAACAAGUUCUAGAGUCAAAUCCACUGUUGGAAGCUUUUGGUAAUGCACGGACAGUGAGAAAUGAUAACUCCAGUCGAUUUGGGAAAUUUGUUGAAAUUCAAUUUGACAAAUCCGGUAGAAUAUCUGGGGCUGCAGUUCGAACUUACCUCCUGGAACGGUCUCGUGUUGUGCAAAUUUCUGAAUCUGAAAGGAAUUACCACUGCUUUUAUCAACUUUGUGCAUCUGGGAAGGAUGCAGAUAAAUACAAGCUUGCUCAUCCUAGGAACUUUUACUACCUAAAUCAAAGCCAUAUGUAUGAAUUAGAAGGGGUCAGCGAUGCAGAAGAAUAUUUAAAAACACGGAGAGCUAUGGACAUUGUUGGUAUAUGUUUUUCUGAUCAGGAAGCUAUAUUCCGAAUUGUGGCUGCUAUCCUUCAUCUAGGAAACAUUGAAUUUUCUCCUGGAAAGGAGUUUGAUUCCUCUGUUAUUAAGGAUGAAAAAUGUAAAUUCCAUCUCCAGAUGGCUGCUGAUUUACUUAUGGUUGAUGCAAGCCUUUUGCUUUCAACUCUGUGCUAUCGCACAAUUAAAACUCCUGAAGGAAACAUAAUCAAGGCAGUUGACAGUUCUGCAGCUGUCAUCGGUCGUGAUACUCUUGCAAAGACUGUUUAUGCUCGACUAUUUGAUUGGCUUGUUGACAACAUUAAUAAGUCCAUUGGGCAGGACAUGGAGUCUAGGUCACAGAUUGGGGUCUUGGACAUCUAUGGUUUUGAGUGUUUCAAAUAUAACAGCUUUGAGCAGUUGUGCAUCAAUUUUGCUAAUGAAAAGCUUCAACAACAUUUUAAUAAGCAUGUUUUCAAGAUGGAGCAGGAGGAAUAUAAAACAGAAGAAAUUAAUUGGAGCUACAUUGAAUUUGUUGAUAACCAAGAUAUAUUGGAUCUUAUUGAAAAGAAACCAAUAGGCAUAGUUUCACUUUUGGAUGAAGCAUGCAUGCUUGGAAAAUCAACACAUGAAACUUUUGCGAUGAAGUUAUUUCAGAAUUUAAGAGCACACCCGAGACUAGAAAAACCAAAGCUCUCAAAGACGGAUUUCUCCCUGUCGCAUUUUGCUGGAAAGGUGACCUACCAAACUGAUUUAUUUUUGGAGAAGAACCGAGAUUAUGUUAUUGCAGAGCACCAGAAUCUUUUGUCUUCUUCAAAAUGCUCAUUUAUUUCUGGUCUCUUUGUUUCACACCAAGAUGAUCCAUUGAAAUCAUCUUAUAAGUUUUCUUCAGUAGCUUCACGAUUUAAGCAACAACUCCAAGCACUAAUGGAGACACUUAGCUCCACGGAGCCUCAUUACAUCCGUUGCAUAAAACCAAAUUCUCUGAAUUGCCCUCAGAAGUUUGAAAAUGGCAGUGUACUACAGCAACUGCAGAGUGGGGGUGUACUUGAAGCUAUUAGGAUAAGUCUUGCUGGUUAUCCCACAAGGAGAACAUACUCUGAAUUCAUCAACCGCUUUGGACUUCUUGUGCCAGAACAUAUGGAUGAAAGAUUUGAUGAGAGAUCACUGACACAGAGGAUCCUAAGGCAACUAAACCUGGAGAACUUUCAACUUGGCAGAACAAAAGUUUUUCUCCGGGCUGGUCAGAUAGCUGUGUUGGACUCCAGACGUGGUGAGAUUCUGGACAAUGCUUCCAGGAUUGUGCAGGGUCACUUUCGAACCUUUACUGUUCGCAAAAAAUUUCUUUCAACAAGGAAAGCUUCUAUUUCUAUCCAAACAUUUUGCCGAGGGUGUUCAGCACGAAAUGUGCUUGAAGCUAAGAGACAGAUAGCUGCAGCUGUUUCAGUUGAAAGAUAUGCUAGAAGAUGGUUGUGUCGUUGUGCAUAUUUGCAUCUUCGUUCUGCUUCUCUUGUGAUCCAGUCUGGGAUUCGCUAUAUCUUAGCAGUUCAGAGGUUGCUACACUUAAAGAAUGCUAAAGCUUCUACUGUUAUCCAGGCUUGGUGGAGGAUGCAGAAGCUCCAUUAUUUCCAUCAGCAAUAUCGACGGGCAACAGUUCUCAUCCAGUGUUGUUGGAGACAGAAGCUUGCUAAAAGGGCAUUGGGGAACCUUAAACAUGCUGCUUAUGAAACUGGAGCUUUACGUGAAGCUAAAGGCAAACUCGAGAAGAGCUUAGAAGAUCUUACUUUGCGAUUCACGUUAGAGAGGAGGCAAAGGCUUGCUACUGAAGAGUCUAAGGCAUUGGAGAUAUCUAAGCUUCUCAAAAUAUUGGAUUCAGUGAAGUUAGAAUUAGAGGCAUCAAAUGAAGAAAAUAAAAAUAGUUGCAAGAAAAUUGCCUCACUCCAACAUCAGCUAGAUUUAUCAUCCAAGGAUCAAGAAGCUCAGCAAAACAGUCUUUCUCAGAUAGAAGAAGUGAAGAGGGAGAAUAUUUUACUGAAGGCAAAGAACACAGAAAUGGAACAAGAGCUCUUAAAAGCUCAAAAAUGUAGCCAUGAUAAUAUGGACAAGCUGCACGAUGUGGAAAAGAACUAUGGGCAUCUCCGGGAUAACUUGAAAAACUUGGAGGAUAAGAUCUCAAAUUUAGAAGAUGAGAAUCAUUUAUUGAGACAGAAGGCCUUGAAUUUAUCUCCUAGGCACAGCCGAACUGGGGAUUAUCAUGAUGUGCUCCAACGGUGCAUCAAAGAUGAUAUGGGAUUCAAGAAGGGAAAACCAGUUGCAGCCUGUAUCAUUUACAAAUGCCUUCUCCAUUGGGGAGUAUUCGAGGCUGAAAGAACAACUAUUUUUGACUUCAUAAUUCACACAAUCAAUACCACUCUGAAGGCAGAAAACGAGAAUGACAUUUUGCCCUACUGGCUAGCCAAUGCUUCUGCCCUUCUAUGCAUGUUGCAAAGAAACUUAAGGUCAAAAGGAUUCAUCAUGGCACCCUCUCGAUCGUCUUCAGAUACUCACUUAAGUGAAAAGGCAAAUGAAGCAUUCCGGUCUCCUUUAAGAGCCUUUGGACAACAAACAAGCAUGUCACACAUUGAUGCUCGAUACCCAGCCAUGCUAUUUAAGCAACAACUAACUGCUUCCUUGGAGAAGAUCUUUGGCUUAAUUCGUGACAAUCUAAAGAAAGAGAUAUCACCUCUUUUAAGCCUUUGCAUUCAGGUGCCUUCUUUUUUCACCCGCAAGCUAGUAACUCAAGUUUUCUCCUUCAUUAAUGUGCAGUUGUUCAAUAGUAUGCUCCUACGACGAGAAUGUUGCACAUUUUCAAAUGGAGAAUAUGUGAAAUCUGGGCUUUGUGUGCUGGAGAAAUGGAUUGUGGACACUGAAGAGCAUGCAGGUGCAGCUUGGGAUGAGCUGCAGUUCAUUAGGCAAGCGGUUGACUUUCUGAUCAUUCCACAGAAAAGCAAAAAGACCCUUGAGCAGAUUAAGAAAAAUAUUUGCCCGGCAUUAAGUGUGAGACAGAUAUAUCGUCUAUGUACGAUGUACUGGGACGACAAAUAUGGUACUCAUAGUGUAUCAGCUGAGGUUGUUGCCAGAAUGAGGGACAUGGUGAGUAAUGGCAUGCAAAAUCCUGUCUCUAAUUCAUUUCUUCUAGAUGAUGACUUAAGCAUUCCUUUCACGACUGAGGAAAUCGCAGAGGAAGUACCAGAUGUUGACAUGUCAAACAUUGAAAUGCCCUCAUCUCUUCGUCAUGUUCACUCUGCUCAGUUCUUGAUGCAGCACCUUCAGCCAUCUUAUUUGUCUCGAUGA